AUGUCUACAGUGGAUGGAAGUUUUGUCUUUGCAGCCUUAAAAAAUCGCAUUCAUGUGAGAGAACAAUUACCGGUUCUAUUGGGAGCUUCUGCAGUGCCAUACAUAACAAACUGCAUACUCACGGAGCUCAGAAAUAUGGGAGACGAGGUAUCUGGAGCUGUUACGAUUGUAAAACAUUAUCAAAAAUUGAAAUGUUUUCACAAUACGGACGAUAAAAUUUGUAAUUCUAGGAGAUGUAUUGUUUCUGCGGUGAGCAAUGGGAAUUCAGAAAAACUCUUUGUGGCAUCACAAGAUAAUACCCUUGUAUCAUGGCUCAGGGAUAUGGGUGGAAUUCCAAUAAUAAAACUCAACAACAAUGUACCAUUUCUAGAAAAACCAUCCAUACGUACAAUUAAUCGCAGAAACAAAAUUGACGAAUCCAAAAAAGGUCCAAAAGACUGGGAGAAACAGUUUUUGACAGAAUUUAACAAGGGACCUGUUGAAGUUAAACGUAAAAAAAAGAAAAAGAAUCCAAAUCCACUCAGUUGCCUGAAAAAGAAGGUAAAAGUAGAAAAUAAAAGGGUGAGUUUAAUGUUUUAUGGCGUGUAUAUACCUACAUGA